UUCAUUCUCUGAGAGCCGCGAAAGGUUGAAGAAGGGUAAGUGGAAGAAGACAAUAAUGGAGGAGACGAUUCCUUUUAAGAGUUUACAAAGCAGAGAAUAUCAAGGUCACAAGAAGAAGGUACAUUCUGUAGCUUGGAAUUCUAACGGAACAAAGCUUGCUUCGGGUUCUGUUGAUCAAACUGCUCGCAUUUGGAAUAUCGAACCUCACGGUCAUAGUAAAGCUAAGGACCUUGAAUUAAAGGGUCAUACUGAUAGUGUGGAUCAGCUAUGUUGGGACCCCAAACAUUCAGAUCUUGUUGCUACUGCCUCUGGGGAUAAAAGUGUUCGUCUCUGGGAUGCUCGCAGUGGAAAAUGCACACAACAGGCAGAACUUAGUGGAGAGAAUAUAAACAUUACCUACAAACCUGAUGGAACACAUGUUGCUGUUGGUAAUAGGGAUGAUGAGCUUACCAUUCUGGAUGUCCGGAAGUUUAAACCUCUGCACAAACGAAAAUUCAAUUAUGAGGUAAAUGAGAUUGCUUGGAACAUGCCAGGGGAUUUUUUCUUCUUGACUACUGGACUUGGCACUGUUGAAGUUCUUUCAUAUCCAUCUCUUAAACCACUUGACACUCUCACAGCCCACACAGCCGGGUGUUAUUGCAUUGCAAUUGAUCCUAAGGGAAGAUAUUUUGCUGUAGGGAGUGCGGAUUCUUUAGUCAGCCUUUGGGAUAUCUCAGACAUGCUUUGUUUAAGAACAUUUACCAAGCUUGAGUGGCCUGUCAGGACAAUAAGCUUCAACUAUUCGGGAGAGUAUAUUGCUUCAGCCAGUGAAGAUUUAUUCAUAGAUAUAGCCAAUGUCCAAACCGGGCGGACAGUGCAUCAGAUUCCAUGUCGUGCUGCCAUGAAUAGCGUUGAGUGGAAUCCCAAAUACAAUUUAUUAGCAUAUGCAGGUGAUGACAAGAAUCCCAAGUAUAAUACUGAUGAAGGUGUAUUCAGGAUAUUUGGUUUUGACAGCACAUAGGAACAGAACACCCCAUCUUGAAAGCAACUCUGCUUGACCGUUGUUGUAUCGGAAAAUUGUUUUUAUGCUUUUGUGUGUACUUCUAAUGUCUUGACUAAUUCAAGUUGGAAUUCUACAGUACCAAAAUAAUACACAGAAAGUUUGCAGUUAUGAUUUUAUAUAAAUCUGGCAUUUUCUUCA